AUGACGCGUCUCAGCAGUUUCGAGCGAACAGCAUUGGGGAGGUCUGCCUUCGAGCAGCCCCUUCGCGAUCAGAAUGGCGACUUCAUUGUCAAUCCACAUGCAUUCGACACGAACGCUCCGGGAUACGUUCAGCAAUUCAAUGAUAGUGGUCGUCCGAUCAACCCAGAAUCGACUCGGGAUGAGCGACGACUCAGACGCGCCCAGAACGAGAUUCUGCAAGUCGUUGGCGUCACGAGAUCCAGACAUGCACUUGAGCAACAGCGACUAAGGUCGGACAAGCCUUCCGAGGCUGAGAUGAUUGAGUUGUUGGAGGAUGAGAACUCGAUAGGGUCGCUGAUGAGGACGGUGUGGACAAUCCCAAUGGACCUCAGCGUAUGGUGGCUAGUGUCUCAUCGCUAUCGUUUGCUUACAUACAGGAACUAUCCGGUCACGGGUGGACUGAGUCCAACGCUACGUCGAGAGGCUCGCGUAUUCGGCAACCCUGCAGUAUUCGGCGCUGGGUUGUUCUACUACAUGAUCGCAGAUGAGUUGGAGAUGCUGAGAUCGCGUUACAUGAUCUCGAGACGCCUGUCGAACGGGCGAGUUGUACUCGAUGAAGACAGCGGAGACGUCUUGUCAUACCGUAGGCAGGACUGGUGGUCAGACUACCGCAACCAUCUUUUGGACCUCGCCUUGUACGGCUUGGAGUGGCCUCUGCGGACGUUUGCAACUCUUCAGCGUUUGCAUUUGCUCCCGUUCAGCAGCAGCCUGUCUCAGAGUCACACAUUGGCGUUUCUGGCCACAGGUCUCACACAAGCGCCAGCACUCAAAAACGAUUCAUCGUGGGACGACUACAUGUCUGCCUUUGUCGAACUCGCCGUCUCUCCUUUCUUCAUUAGCUAUGUUGGCGAGAUGGUGCGAGGAAGUCUGCACAGCUCGAUUCGUACUUUGAUACAAUCAUUCGUGUCGCUUCGCGGCCGAUCAGAUGACAUAUCCUUGAAGGCAGCUCGAGAUGAAGUCCUGCCAUUCGAGGCGAUCCCAAUAUGGAAUUCGUUUUCGAUUGAACCAAUUUACGAGGGCGUCACCUUCAUCGAAAGACUUCAAUAUGCAUUCCCUUUCAUUUCAGCGGUGGUUGGACGUCUUGGUAACACAGACGGCGGCCUGCUCACAGAGCUUAGACAGUCAGAAGCAACGCGGCAGCAGGAGAGGAGCCACAGUACUCACGCAGCCGCCGACGAUGCGUCUACAGCGACACCAGAUCCAGCUGAUCUCUUCGAGCGAGCUGACCACGAAGACGGAGUACGCUCGCCGCGACCUGGUCUCGCCCACGAGCCUUUCAGCAACAAUAACACGGAGCUGCACGCCCUGCUCGAGCCUGCAGAAUUCCCCGAAUCGAGAUUCAUUCCACUACCGCUUGCCGGAGAGUCUCCACCGUUGCCACCGCUAGGCAUAUCACGAGCCCCAACCCUCGAGCAAGCAGCGAGCGCCCCCAACCAGCCAGUACUACGGCCAGUACGACGACCUACCGAGUUGGACGACAAUAUCUCCUCGAUAGCACAAGCGCUGCAGCAGGAGACGAGACCGCGGCGCCACGGUCUCAAUCACGCAACACGCGCAGCGAGGACGUCGCCACGCGCCUCACUAGAUGGUAGCUCUGUCGAUGACCACCGUGUGAGAAGCGGCCACAUGACGCGGUCACCACGGAGGUCGCCACCUGGUUCUGUAAAUGGCUCUGUUGAUGACUACAGUGCGGGAAUGGUCAGACGCACUUCGCUGAGCACUUUUCCAGGUGAUGCAGUAGCACACUAUGGUGCUGUGUUCAUCACGUCGCUUAUCAUGCUGCCGUUCGAUGUCUACUAUACCCGACGACUCGCCAGGGCAUGGCUUUCGUUCGGACGGGCUGGCGCAGACUUGCGGGGUGGGCAGUCGCACCGUCGCAACCGGUCCUGGGUGGCUUGCGCGGCAUGUCGAUUGGAUUGA